GAGAGUUUCUAAUUUAGUUAUUUAAAUAUUUUUGAGAAUUUUUAUUCUAAAGCGUAAGUGGUGUAAGUGUGAAAUUGAGGGUAAAACACCAUUUUAUUCUAAAAUAGAAAUAAAUUAGUCGAAGGAGAAGAGAUGAGCGUGUUCGGGGGUGAUAGCUGGGGAAGAGAAGCGCAGUACAGGAAGAGGCGAGUAGAACAUCUGCUGGUAGACUCCCCUCAAGGCUCUUCCUUUAAGAAGCUCUCUAAUGGCAAGUUUGCUUGCCUCAUCUGUCCCCACUCUCCUGUCCUCGAUUCCCCUCUCAUGUUUCCCACGCAUUGCAAGGGUUCAAAGCACCAAGCUGCAGAGUCUAGACUAAAGGAAAGAGAAGUGGCCACAACAAAUAAUGUUACUAAGAAAAUGAGAAUAGACUUGGAAGAGUACCCUUCUCGUGCCCCUGCCUGCUCUAGAGGGAUUUACAACCACAAGUUUAAGAUGGCCUCAGGAACUUUGUUGAGUGAACCAGGGGCGGCGAGGGGUUUUGCUGCUCCAGAAAGACUCGGAGGAGAAAUUUAUGCGCAGGCCAAUUCUGUCACCGAAAGCAAAAGCAUAAACCAAAGCCACCAUGAUACCAAAUUUCAUGGGAGUGGGAGUGUGAGUCAAGCUAUUGUUGAAACUACUAGCAAUUCUCAUUUGGAUAGUGGUGUUAGCUCAUUUCCUAAUGCAGAUGUAACUUGUUUAGAGGUUGUCGAGCAAUGGUGUUUAGAUUACCGAGAGCGCAAAGAGAAAGAGCUCAAGUUUGCAGCUGCAGGGUGGAAGCGAGAUGGUCAUGGGAAGUGGUACAAAGAUGAGAAUGCUGAAUUUGACUCCGAUGAAGAGGACCCAAAUGCCUGUCUUGGAUGACGAUUCAGGGCAAUGACCUUGUUUGAAACCCUCUUGGCGUCUUACUGUUUCGCUUAUUUAUUAAUUUUGAUUGGCACAAUGGCAUUCAGAGUGGAAAUCCAUCUUUAGGUAAGCUGCAAUUUGGUGGCCUUAUUUCUUGUUUCUGUCUUUCCAAAUAUUGAAAGCAUGGCAAAGCUUGCAUUAUACAUUUUUGGUAUGGUAACUUCGAAGUCAAUCUCAACAUGUAUACGGUCACAUUCUGAUCAGAAAUGUAAAACUGGUUUUUGUUGUUAGUUGAAGAAUAAAUAAGACUUUUACUUA